UUUAGUUUUCUCCAACCUGAGGAGCUGUCUGGAGGUUCGCUACCAAUUUCUGUCAUGUUUAGAUAGCAUCAGCGCCCAUUUUUCCUCCCCAAAAGCUUCCUUUUUUGGGGUGGGGUUGAUAUGAAAUGAAAUACGUUGUAAACGAGAAAGAAGGCUAAAAAAAAAGCUAUGGUGGAGUGAAACAAGAAGCUCCGAAAAGUGCCGAGGAGGGUCUACGGUUGUCCCCCACAUCACAUCCAUGUUGGCCGCCGCAGCCUGCGCUCUGGUUCCGGGGCUCCGAGCGCCACCGAAGCUUUGUUCUCCCGUGGACAACAUCCGGCUGCGUGGCUUGUGGAAGGACUCCCCCGCAGCGCGGCUGCCGUCCCCGAAUGUGUCUUGAGGACGUGUGGGGAAAAUGGCUGCUGGAAAGCGGGCAUGAAUCAAUGCUGAGAGGCCGAGCUGCGGAGAAGCUAAAUACGCUAACAUGCUAAUAAACACUCAGCAUGCUAACGCGUUUUCAUCCACGCUUAUUAUCUUUUUUUGCCAGCACAAAAUGUUGCUUUAAAAACACCAAGCGUUUUGAUGCUGAAUUUGAUUAUGCGCAGCCCCCGAGGAAUAUGCGGAACUUUUAACUGAAAAAUUGCUGCUCCAAACCGAACUUUCAUCAUUUUUUUUUUUUUUUUUUUUUUUAAAUCGGUGUCAAACUAAAAAUGGAUCCUACCGGGAGAUGUGCUGCCUCUCCGCCACAACUCCGCGGCGUCGUCGUCAUGGUGGUCUGGGCUCUGGUCCACUUGGUUCUGUUGACCCACGCCUCGCCGCCGAAAGCCUGCGACAAGUCGUGUCUGUCCGGGAAAUGUGUGAACGGGUCCUGCGUGUGUGACCCGGGAUGGGUGGGAGAUCAAUGCCAGCACUGCCAGGGAAGGUUCAAGCUUACUGAGCCUUCGGGAUUCCUCACGGACGGUUCGGUCAGCUACAAGUACAAAACAAAGUGCACCUGGCUUAUCGAAGGCUUUCCAAACGCCGUUCUUCGCUUGCGGUUUAACCACUUUGCCACAGAAUGCAGUUGGGACCACAUGUAUGUAUAUGAUGGAGACUCCGUAUACGCACCCCUCGUUGCUGUUUUCAGCGGCCUCAUUGUACCGGAGGUGCGGGGAAACGAGACUGUUCCUGAGGUGGAGGCCACUUCAGGCUAUGCACUACUACACUUUUUCAGCGAUGCUGCCUACAACCUGACUGGAUUUGAGAUAUUCUACUCGAUCAACUCGUGUCCCAACAACUGCUCGGGCCACGGGAAGUGCACGCCUGGCAACUCGGCGGCCAGCCGCGUGUACUGCGAGUGCGACAAGUACUGGAAGGGCGAGGCCUGCGACAUCCCCUACUGCAGGAAUAACUGCGGCAGCCCCGACCACGGCUACUGCGACCUCACCGGCGAGAAGCUGUGUGUUUGCAACGACAGCUGGCAAGGCCCGGACUGCUCCCUCACCGUGCCUUCCACCGAGUCGUUCUGGGUGUUGCCCAGCGUCAAGCCCUUCGGUACGUCGCUGGGCCGGGCCUCCCACAAGGCGGUGGUGCAGGACAAGGUCAUGUGGGUGGUGGGCGGCUACGCGUUUAACUUCACCUCCUUCCAGAUGAUUCUCAACUACAACCUGGAGAGCGGCAUCUGGAACACGGUGCCCAUAAACAGCGGCCCUGUGCCCAGAUAUAGCCACUCGCUCACCUCCUACCAAGAGGACAUCUUCAUGUUUGGCGGAAAGCUGGAGGCCGGCUGGAAUAAUGUGACAGACGAGCUGUGGGUCUUCAACAUCCCUAGCCGGACGUGGCAGCGGAGAAACCCGGUUACGGGCCCCCCGACUCAGGCGCAGAUCUAUGCGGUGGAGGGCCACACGGCGCACUGCGUCGUCCUGGAUGGCGGCGAAGUGAUCAUGCUGGUCAUCUUCGGCUACUCGCCUGUCUAUAGCUACAUCAGCAGUGUUCAGGAGUACAAUCUGAGGACCAACGCCUGGCUUGUGCCUGAAACCAAAGGAGCUUUCCCCCAGGGAGGUUACGGCCACAGCAGCACGUACGACCGAGCCAGCGGCAGCGUGUACGUCCACGGGGGCUACAAGGCGCUGCCCGCUAAUAAGUACGGCCUUGUAGAUGACCUCUACCGCUAUGAUGUCAACAUGAGGACAUGGUUCAUUUUGCGUGAAAGCGGCUAUCCGCGUUACCUGCACUCCGCCGCCCUACUCAGCGGAAACUUACUCAUCUUUGGCGGCAACACCCACAACGACACGUCGCUAAGCAACGGGGCCAAGUGCUUCUCGGCGGACUUCCUGGCUUAUGACAUUGCGUGCGACGAGUGGAGGCUCCUGUCAAAGCCCGACCUGCACAGAGACGUCAACCGCUUUGGACACUCUGCUGUGGUCAGCAACGGUUCCAUGUUUGUGUUCGGCGGCUUCUCCGGGGUGCUCCUCAACGAUGUGCUGGUAUAUCGGCCAUCCAGCUGCCAGGCCUUCACCACAGAGGACGGGUGUGCUAAAGCCGGUCCUGGGGUCCGCUGCAUUUGGAGCCGGGACCGCUGUAUCCUCUGGGAGGCCAGCAUGAACACAGAGAGCCUUGCUCUUGCUCCAUUUUGCCCGCCAAAACCAGCUACUAUUGACGAGCGAUGCAACCGAUUUUCCGACUGCGCCAGCUGUACGGCCAACACCAAUGGGUGCCAGUGGUGCGACGGAAAAAAGUGCAUCUCAGCGUCCAGCAACUGUACUGUGAACGUGAGGAACUUCACUGCAUGCCACGUGCGGAAUGAACAGGUGUGCAGCAAACUGGCCAACUGCAAAAGCUGCUUGCUAAAUCUCAACUGUCUGUGGGACCAAAAUCAGUCCGAGUGCCGUGCCCUGCCGGCCCAGCAGUGCAGCGAGGGCUGGAGCAUGGUGGGCGAAGCCUGCCUGAGGAUCAACUCCAGCCGCGAGAGCUACGACAACGCUCAGCACUACUGCAAGAAUCUCCACGGCAACAUCGCCUCGCUCACCACUGCCAAGCAGGUGGACUUUGUGCUGGAGGAGCUGAAAAAGCUGCAGCAACAAGACAAGCGUUUGUCGCCCUGGGUGGGCCUGAGGAAGAUCAACGUGUCGUACUGGGGCUGGGAGGACAUGUCGCCUUUCACCAACAGCAGCCUGCGUUGGUUGCCCGGCGAGCCCAACGACUCGGGUUUUUGCGCCUAUCUGGAGGAGCCGCAGGUUUCGGGCCUCAGGGCCAACCCGUGCACGGCCACCGCUCACGGCCUCAUCUGUGAGAAAGCCACAGGAAACCCCAAUCAGAGCGCCCGCCCACCCUGCAAGAAACCGUGCUCGCUGCACACUACCUGUGCCAACUGCACCAGUCAGGGAAUGGAGUGCAUGUGGUGCAGCAGUGCACAGCGCUGCGUAGACUCCACCGCCUAUGUCAUCUCCUUCCCUUAUGGCCAGUGUCUGGAGUGGCAGACGGGAGACUGUUUGGCCCAGAACUGCUCCGGCCUGCGGACAUGCAGCCAGUGCUUGGAGCAGCCCGAGUGCGGCUGGUGCGGCGACCCCAGCAGUACAGGAAAGGGCCUGUGCACGGAAGGCUCUUACAGGGGGCCCAUGAAGAGGCCGGCCAAGCAGGGACAGUCCCAGGACUUGAGCUUGGAGCCAAGCAUCUGCCCCAAAGACAAAGGCUACGAGUGGACAUUCAUCCACUGCCCGGCGUGCCAGUGUAACGGCCACAGCACGUGCGUGAACGGCAGCGUGUGCGAGCAGUGUCGUAACCUCACCACCGGCCCCAAUUGUCAGACCUGCAUGGCCGGUUACUACGGAGACCCAAUCAACGGCGGCAAAUGCCAGGCCUGUAAGUGCAAUGGACAUGCAAGCGUGUGCCAGGUGCUAACUGGCAAGUGCUUCUGUACCACCAAGGGCAUCAAAGGGGACCAGUGCCAGCUGUGCGACUCAGAAAACCGUUACCUUGGCAAUCCACUCAGAGGGACCUGCUAUUACAAUCUGCUGAUCGACUACCAGUUCACCUUUAGUCUCAUUCAGGAAGAUGAUAACCACUACACGGCCAUCAACUUCAUGGCCUCACCUGAGCAGGCCAACAAGAACUUGGACAUGUCCAUCAAUGCAUCUAACAACUUCAACCUCAAUAUCACUUGGUCUGUGGGAUCCACAGCUGGAACCAUCUCUGGCGAGGAGGUACCCAUCGUGUCCAAGAGCAACAUCAAGGAAUAUAGAGAUAGCUUCUCUUGUGAGAAGUUCACCUUCAGAACCAACCCCAAUAUAACCUUUUAUGUCUACGUCAGUAACUUCUCAUGGCCCAUCAAAAUCCAGAUCGCCUUUUCCCAACACAACAGCAUCAUGGACCUUGUACAGUUCUUUGUGACAUUUUUCAGUUGUUUCCUGUCGCUUCUCCUUGUGGCGGCGGUGGUGUGGAAGAUCAAACAAACCUGCUGGGCUUCACGGCGGCGAGAACAACUAAUGAGGGAGCGUCAACAAAUGGCAAGUCGUCCGUUUGCUUCAGUCGCCCUCGCACUGGACACUAAAGGAGAGCAAACCGAAAUGCUGCAGCCGAUGGUCGAUGGCCCACCUAAGCCUGUUGCAAUGGAGCCAUGUUCUGGAGGGAAAGCCGGAGUGUUGACGGUCCUCAUGCGUCUUCCGUCCGGACCCACCAACUUGCCUCCGCCUGGACAGUCAGGCCUCAUCGUGGCGAGCGCGCUGAUCGACAUCUCCCAGCAAAAACCAUCUGACUUUAAGGAUAAGUCGCAGGCUUUAAAGAACCGAAAGGCCCUCCCGCCGGCACACCAAGGCACCUGCGUCUGACCGCCGCCUUCAGCUCGUUGCUGCUGUCACCUGCUGCAGGUUUCCUGGGUGGAUCACGCCAUUCUCCGAGAGGAGAGGCGUCCACGCGGGGGAGAGGAUGAGUUACGGUUAAGGGUGUGGAAACAAAGGAAGCCCCUAUGCACAAACCCCCUCAAAGGACCUGCCGGACCCGAAAAAAGACUUGAUCCUUUUUGCACCUCGCUUCACAUGUUUAUUUAGACGCCUCCUUGUUCAUUUGCUCAGCAUGAGGGGAAAAGCUUAUCGCUAUGCAGUUGAAGCUAAAGCUGGCCUACGCCUGUUAAAUGCUGCUUAUUGGUCAUAUCCUUUUUUGUCGUUGCUGUUGUGUCAAGGUGCUGAAAAAAAAAAGAUUAACAGGUUUUUUUGACUGAAGGAACUCGCCCUGAGCACUAAUCACGCACCGUUGGGAAGACACCGAUGUCUGUUCUUAGCAUUAGCCGACUGAAGCGAACCGCUUAUGGGAAACGAGGGGAAAACUGGAAAAAUCGCAAGAAGAAUCCUCAUCGUUUUUGUCCUCGGACGGAUGCAAUUUGGGAGGGAGAGAGCGAAUGGACAACUCUGGGGUUUGUUUUGUAUGUUUUUGACUUUAUCCCCAAUGUUAAGAACAUUACCUUUUUGUAACGCCUUGCCCAAUUUUCAAAGCUGUUUUUAUCCCCUGCCUGAGCUGUACAGUGUUUUUUGCUUUUGAAAAAAUGUGACUCACUCUCCUCUCUUGUUUCCUCAUUUAUUUGAAGCCUAUUAUAUUUACCAUAAAUGGUCACUUUUGUUACACUUGUGAAAAAGAGCAUUGGGGUUUUUGUUUUGAUAUUUAACGGAUUCCUGUGUAACAGCACAUUUAACUGCAUUUGUUAUCUUUUUUUUUUGUUGUUGAACCCCUUCAGGACUAUUUGGGCAUUCGCCUGUUCUUGUGGUCGUCGUUGCAAAGUGUUCAUUAUUUGUCGCAUCUCUUCAAGCAUCGUAUGUAAGCUAACAUGUCCCUUAUCGUGUUUUUUGUACAGUAGUCCUAUGACCGUGUCAUUACACAGGAAUCGGGUCUCGCUGGAUAAAAAAAAAAACACGAGAUGAGAGACUGCCCGUCAGUGAUUGUCAGUGUAUUUUAAGGAUGAACAACAUGAAGGAAUAUUAAAACAAAGGAAAUUAUUUCAAUUGUA